GAAAUGUCUUGAUAUAAUAUCAAGGUCAAAAAGGUGUUGCAUUGUUCUAUAAUCAAACAAUAAAAUUCUAGAUAUAUGUAUCUAUCUAUUUAUAUAUAAGUCUGUAGAGGGUAAAGCUUUCACAAGGGUCAUUGUCAGUGAUAACUGUUCUUCAGAGUCUACAUUAGCAACGAGGAAAAUUAUUUUCUUAGAAACGCAUAAUUGUAAAGAAUGAACCACAACUAGCAGAAUAGUCGUGUGAUACGGUGCGGUCUGUGAACUGGGAGUACUCUUGUAGUUCAAUCUGCACUAAUAUUACAAUUGCACACAAGCUGACUCUGCGAAGCAUACGAAAUGUUUCGUCUUGCAAGGAACAAGUUACCUAAAUGGGGUCUUAGAAAUAAACGAGCGGUUACUACGUUCAAAGAGAACGAGGCGAAGAACAUUGAUGUACCUAGCAAUGCAGACGUUGUGAUAAUAGGUGGUGGCAGUGCUGGUUGCAAUGCACUUUAUCAGUUAGGAAAACGUGGUGUCAACGCAGUGCUUUUGGAAAAAUCUAAGCUUAUAUCUGGCACAACAUGGCAUACGGCAGGCCUCGUGUGGAAUUUUCGUGGUCUAUGCGACAUAGAGACGGAGUUACUAAAAGCUUCGCGGAUGCUUUAUUCAUCUUUGCAAGAAGAAACAGGCAUAAAUCCAGGAUGGAUAAAUAACGGUGGACUUUACAUUGCUCAUUCUCCCGAGCGAGUGACCGAUUAUGAAAGAUUAACUACUAGUUGUAAGAAUUUUGAUAUUGAUGCACAUAUGAUUGAUCCGGUCGAGACAAAAGAAAAAUUUCCUCUUUUGGAUAAAAAUUCAUUUCUGGCUGCAGUAUACUGUUCAGCGGAUGGUACUAUAGAUCCUGCCAUGUUAGUAAAUGCAUUAACAAAAUCAGCAGAAAACGGCUGCAAGAUCAUCGAGGAUUGUCCUGUCACUAAAAUUCUCAUCGAAGAUACUGAUGGUCAUAAAACAGUUCGCGGAGUGAAAACGCCUCAUGGUAUUAUAAAAACCAACGUUAUAUUAAAUGCGGCGGGAGCAUGGUCUGGAACAAUAACACGAAUGAUAGGAUUGGAUAUUCCAUUGGUGCCAAUGAAACACGCAUACAUCGUUACUGAACCGAUGAACGUACGAGGGUUGCCAAACGUUCGAGAUCCUGAUUUUAAUAUCUACUUUCGAGUGCAAGGUGGAAAUAUAAACAUCGGAGGAUAUGAGCCAAAUCCUAUCAUAUUGAAAUUUCCGCCGGAAGAUUUUUCCUUUAGUCUGUAUGAGUUGAAUUGGGACGUAUUCAAUACCCACGUAGAAGCCAUGAAUCGAUUAAUGCCCGCUUUGGCGAAUACUGGGAUAAGAACGACCGUCUGCGGCCCAGAAAGUUUCACUCCUGAUCAUAGACCUAUUAUGGGUGAAGAUCCACGCUGCACAGGUCUUUAUUAUUCUUGCGGAUAUAAUAGUGCCGGAAUGAUGUUUGGAGGUGGUUGUGGAGAACAAAUAGCAUUAUGGAUAAUUAAUGGACGACCGGACAGACACAUGUUCAAUCAGGAUAUAAGACGGUAUAUACCAGAACAAAGAAAAAAUUCAGUUUGGGUGAAUGAGCGAAGCCAUGAAGCCUAUGCAAAAAAUUACGAUAUUCGUUUUCCACAUGACGAACAUUUGAGUGGCAGAAAUUUGAAGACAGAUCCUUUCCACAAUUUCCUCGUUAAUGAAGGUGCAGUUAUGGAAGAACGACAGGGAUGGGAACGUCCAGGAUGGUUCCUACCGGAUAACAAAAUAGCUCCAGUUUUACCUUAUGAUUAUGAUGGCUAUUAUGAUAUUCCAAAAAAUACAAAUAACACAUAUGCUGAUAUAUUAAAAACAGAACGUACAUUUAAUUUUCCACCGCACGAUAAUAUUAUACGGGAAGAAGCACUCGCAUGCAGAAAUAACGUUGCCUUAUUUGACAUGUCGUAUUUCGGAAAACAUUACUUAUGUGGUCCAGACACAAAAAAAGCGGUAGAUUAUAUAUUUACAGCUCGAGUAGAUCGAGAAAUUAACAGAACUGUAUACACUUGUAUGUUGAAUAAAAAAGGAGGUACAGAAGGCGACUGCACUGUCACUGGUCUAGAAUCUGGCUCAGGUGGAUUAGUCGAUCCCAUAUUUAAGGGAAAAGCAUUUUACGUAGUAAGUGGAGGCAUGUCAUCAUAUCAUACUUGGGCGCAUAUCAGUAAAGUAAUAAGAGAUAAAGGUUUUAAUGUAACUGUGCACAAUGUGACAGAACAGAUAGGAAUUUUAUCGAUUCAAGGUCCAAACAGCCGCCAAGUUCUUCGAAUGUUAAUCGAGGAUGAUCUCUCCAAUAAAUCAUUUCCAUUUUCAACUUCAAAAUUGAUGCGAAUAGAGGGUGAAUUAGUACACAUAUUCAGACUUAGCUUCGUAGGGGAACUUGGUUUCGAAUUACAUAUACCGAGAAGCUCAUGCGAAAAAGUUUAUAAAGCUUUAAUGGAAUGUGGUAAAAAAUAUGAUAUGAAACUAGCCGGCUUUAGAGCGCUCUAUAGUUUAAGUUGUGAAAAAGGUUAUCAUCUUUGGGGUACAGAUUUAAGAACGGAUGAUAAUCCGAUAGAAGCGGCUUUAGAAAUUGUCUGCCGCAAAAACGGCAAAUACUUAGGAAAAACAAUUGUUGAACAAUGUCGUAAAAAUGGAAUAAAGAAAAGACUGGUACAUUUACAUACAAAUGACGAUGUACCUUUAUGGGGUAUGGAGAGCGUUUAUAGAAACAGUCAAUUAGUUGGUUAUUUAAGAAGAGCUGAACGUGGAUAUACUUUUAAAAAUGGUAUUGGAUUGGCAUACAUCAUAGCUCCAAAUGGACAAAAUGUUACAAAGGAAUUUUUAGAAACGGGCACUUACCAAAUCGAAGCGAGAAGAAAAAGAUAUCCCGCAAAGAUGUAUCUUCAGAGUCCAUUCGACCCACAGAACAAAAGAUUAUCAGGUGUAUAUACGAUAUAAAAAUAUUUAUCAAUAUUAUUUUUUUUUACUCU